CCAAACCUUGAAGCGUAAAUCAUGCAAUAUCUUCUGGCCUUCCUCCUAACGGUGGGCUCAGCUCUGGCGAUAGAGGAACUGCCGGAUCCAAAGCAUCCGGAGCCCCCGCUUCAACCAACGAAAGCCACUGCAAGUCUAGGUAAGGCAGAGAACACCACAAAGAAAGAAGACCCGAGGCUCGUGAAUGUGCCCUUCACGGAGUGCAAGCCCUAUGAGGUAUUUUCCCUCACCAAGGGCUGUGUCAAUCGCAAGCCUUACAUGAAGGAUAUAAUCUUCAAAACCUGGAGUAGUAAAAGUGUGGAAAGGGUCAUGCUUGGCAAUGAUUCGGGGGAAGUCCAGUGCGCAAUCAAUGAGCUACACACCAUAUUUGGCUGUGAGCCAAUGGGAAAGAAGCUGCGCGACAGCGCCGCUCCUCGCGCGGCUGUAUUGCCGAACUAUCUCUAUGGAAGCAAGAUUUAUAAUAGCAAAGAAGCCAUUCCCCAAACAGAUGACAGCGAGCCCAUUUCGAAUGGCAAUACGGGGACGAAUCCAUCUCGUGCCCGUCCUCCUUCAGAGAAAGUAUUGGGAAGAAACUUACCCUUAGAUAAGCCGGAAAGUACUGCCGGAGCAGCUGGUGCAGGGAAUGCUACCCAAGGGGGCAGCACCAAUGCCACGGCCACACCUGAUGAAGUCAAUGAAAUUCUGCAGAAAGUGAUCGGCCACAAUCGGAAGAGAAAAUAUUCGUUCCUGCCAGGCAGGCUGCUUAAUACCUACCGCAAGUGCCGCCCCUAUGAGGUACUGGGAAAGGGUCGACGUUGCAUUCGGAAGAAGGGCAAGGUUGGCUUCUACACGCAUCGGAGCCACGUGUACGGAAUACAGAAGCGGCAUCGUCAUCCGGCGAUCUACAAGAGCAAGAACAGCAAGAGCUAAGGCUCUGCUCCAAGUAUAUCUGACUAUCUGUAGUAUCAUGCGAACUGUCGCAGUGAACCAUAAAUAACACAACAAUAAAUUACUUCAGCUAUA